GAACGAGGCACACUUUGCAUUUAGAACACCAAACAAGAAAUACGCUCGUGCUUAGCAUCCAAAACAAAUCAAUCUGCAAACAUGAGUACAUUCCGUGGUGCCAUCAAGAGACUAAACUGUGAUUCGAAGAUAUCUGCUAUUUUCUUCGACCUUGAUAACACUCUGAUCGCAACCAGGAAAGCCGAUGCAAAGGCAUGCAGCAAGGUGGCCGAUUUGCUACACCGCGAACAUGGCCUUAGUCGCGAGCUAGCGAAUGAAACCAGUACCGAUUAUCUGACCGCGUUUCGCCGCUGCCCCGACAACCCGGACAUGGCGCUGGCCCAGUGGCGUUCCCAGCUCUGGCAGGACGUGCUGCCGGUUACACACAAACAUCUCGCCUCGGAACUGUACGGACGGUGGCUGGAGUGGCGUUACCGCUAUCUGGCACUGCCCGCAGAGCUGCAGACCAUGCUUCAAACGCUGCGGCUCCAGUACCUGCUCGGCGUCAUCACCAACGGUCCGACGGCGGCACAGUGGGAAAAGAUCGACCGGUUGGCGCUGAACAAGUACUUCGAUUGCAUAUUGGUAUCCUCUGACUUACCGUGGGCCAAGCCCGAUCGCAAUAUCUUUUACGCAGCUUGCCACUAUCUAGGUGUACCGCCCGGCCAGUGCGUGAUGAUCGGUGACAAGCUCGAGACCGACAUUCAGGGUGGCAUCGAGGCAAAUCUAGGUGCGACGGUUUGGCUUCCGCUUCCUACGGAGCAGCGCAUCGUCGGGGACAGAACGAUGCAGGAUGUGCCGGACCAUGUGCGGCCGGACGCGAUCGUGGACAGUGUGCUGAAGCUACCGGCCCUGCUACCGCCGUCGACGUCGUUCCGCGGACGAACACCGGCACAAAUGGGCGCUGGCGAGCAGAAGACGACGCGCAACCGCGCGGCACAGUACAAUCGUAUUAUACCGGAGAUUCCGGAUCUUUACAGCACGUACAGCAGCUCCAGCAAUGAUUGCAGUCAGCACAGUAAUGGCAGCAACAGCAGCAGCAGCAGUAGCAGCUGAAUUUGGCGAUGAUCCAACGGUAGCCAAAGGGUAAACUGUCGAUCAACGGGGCGAGUACUAGACAGAAGCGUCUUAUAAGCGGGUGUUUGCAUAUCCUUCCGUAAGAGGUAGUUCCUAGACGCAACUCUCGUCCUCUUGUGGCAGCCGAGUUGACGCACGGAACACAGCCCCGAUUGAUCGACGCCGUUACUAUAAUCUUGUGGCCGUUUUUCCUGACGGUGAUGUCUCCCGCACAUCUAUUCAUUACUUAAAUUAUCGCUUUUCUUGAUUCACUAUCGAAUAUUUCUUCACGAUGGUUUCACACCCUUUAUCCCUACUAAUGCGCUUUAGUUGUUUCGUUCCGACAAAUCUGGUCGAUCUUAAAAAGAAAGGUUUGAUGAUGAUCUCCAUACACUCACUAUCCUAUCACUAUAUCGCAAAACACAUUAAACACACAUUGUAGAAUACUGAAAAGUGCGCGCGCGAACGAAUUUUAAUUUCACACGAAUGCCGAGAGACAUACAGGCGCACGGAAGGCCCAUUUAUUGGUCCUUGUGUUCCUAGUCUGUUCGCUGGUCAAUGUGGCUGUUGCGCUUCCACAUACUUGCGCCCUGCAUGGAGAUCAAUACAAUGUAUUUCGAAUAUUUUCACCAUUUUUCUCGCUAUCGUAUAGAAUUCUGUAGAUUACCAUAGGGAAGUACCUGAUCUGAUUUCGAACAGUAGAUGUAAAAACGCAUCCUCUCUCUAGCGAUGAUAGUCGGCAUACAAGAGAACACACAAAGAACAAAUUAGAUCUAUUCCCUUUCCUGCACAAUACACACCCGCUGCGAAAAAGGGCACGGGGACAGGGAGAAGAGUCACAUACAGAGAGCUAAUAAAUAUUUUUCAAUACAUUUUUGCCAUGUAAUCUGCUGGGCAGAGCAAAUAAAGAACGAAAUCGAAACAAGAUAUAAUUUUUCUCUAUUGCUAACUUUUCUUCCACGAAGCUAACCAAGAGAAUUCCGGAAUUUAAAAACAAAAAAGAACAGGGCACACACACCAAGAGAGCAUUAUAAAGAACGAUUUCCGAGUAAAGGAAAACAAUUUCUAUGCAAAUAAACGGGAUUUUACAUAUAGAGCGUGGUCUAC